AUGAUCAAUAGUGGUGGAAAUGGUACGGCUAGUGGCGGCGGCGUCAAUAGCUCACUCAUAAAUAGUGGUGGAAAACAACAACAACAACAACAACAAAUGAUGAUGAAUAGUGGUGGACAGGACACCAAGAAUAGAUGGUUCCCAACAAACGACAACGAUCCAUUCCACUCGCUCGAGCAAGAAAAGGUGCGACCACAAUACAAGUCUGCCAACUGGUCCGACGACUCUAAAUACAGAGAGAUUGUCAAUAGUCUUCAUUCACCCACGUUGGUGCCACAACACAUAUACCACCCCGGCAACAUAAACACCAUGCCAAACAUGCAUCCUCAGCACAAUAUGAUGGGCAACCAGAUGGUCUCGACCAUGCCCAACAUGCCAACCACACCCUCUCAACUAGACCUCUUGGCAAUGUCUCCCCAACAACAACAACAGUUCCAACAACAACAACAACAACAGCAGCAACAAAUGAUGAUGAUGAAUCCACAACAACAGCAAAUGAUCAUGCUCAACCCACAACAACAACAACAGUUUAUGAUGAUGAACCCACACCAACAACAACAGUUUUUGAUGGCCAUUCAGCAACAGAAUACUGUACAAAUGGGAAAUGUUGGUAAUGGUGGAGGAGGAAUGAUGCAACAAACCUCAUCAUCUUCUUCGUCGUCACAACAACAAAUCACUACAGCCAUUCUAUCACCACCACCUCAACCAACCACACAAAGACAGAUGCCAAGUGGAGUUGGAUCUCAAGGUAGUAAUAAUAACACUAUUCAACAACAGGGACAAUUUGUCCCAGUAGCAGGAGGUGGUGUGGCACAGAUUAUUGGUAUGCCUCCAUCCAACAUACCAUUUGUGUCGGGAAUGGGUGGUUCUCCACAAUCAUCCAUUUCACCUCAAAAGCAAGGUAACCUCGUCUCACCAACCUCGAGUUUAGGUGCAAAUAAUGGUGGUUUAAUGUCUCAUCCCGUUUCAUUGACUGGUAGUUUGCCAAACACAUCUGCUCCAAAGCCAAACCCAUCGAUGAUCAACUCUGGUGGUGCCAACGUCCCACUUACUGCCUUGUCGGCCGGAGCUCCUGGUACAACCAUGUCUGGUGGUGCUAUUCCACCCAUUCCAUCACAUCUUCAAAGUUCUGCAUUUGCCAAUCCAAACAAACAUGCUUCCGGUGCUGCUUUAUCUUCAAUCAUUCAACCUCAACAACAACAACCACAACAGACAUCACAACAACAGCAACAAAUGCAACAACAACAACAACAAAUGCAACAACAACAAUUGUUACAACAACAACAGCAAUUACAACAACAACAACAACAGUUCCAACAACAACAAUUGCAACAACAACAACAACAAUUAUUACAACAACAACAAUUUACUAGUAGUAGUUCAUUUACAAAUACUAGUGUAAAUUCAUCAUCAUCAACUAUGGUUCAACCACAACAACAACAAAAUCCAAAUCAAUUUACAUUUGAACAAUUUAUUAUUGAACCAAAGAGAAACACUUACCAAUCCAUCGAUGCAUUGGUAGCAUCUUCAACGGCAACAUCUAUUUUAUCACCAAGGGAUGCAGCACCCGCACAGCCAUUCAUUUCGUCACCACCUACUGGAUUCUCAGAGGAAGAGUACAAAAAGGUAGAGGAAAAGAUUAGAAAAGAGGUUGAAGAAAAGUUGCGUCGCGAGUUUGAAGAGAGAAUUGAAAAGGAGAGACAGGCUCAACAAGCCAGAAAGCAACAACAGAAUCUUUUGAAUCCACCACCCCCAACCGUCAAAAAGACAUCUCACAUUCCACCCACUCCACUUGUCAAUACUAGCACUAGCACCAGCACUGCCAACAGUUCGACCACGACCACCAACGUCACAUCACCAAACUCAAACAAUGCCUUUCUCACCGAUUUGUUUGAUGGGUUUGCCACGACAACUACAACCACCUCGUCGUCGUCAUCGUCGCAACAACAGCAACAACAAACCACCACUAGUACUUCAAAUGUAUCACCAAAUAUAUCGCGUAAUCCAACUACCAACCCCGCAGAGAAACGUCGUCUUGAGAAUGAAUUGAAAAAUAUUCAUACUAGCGCCAAACCACCUGCCAAGGCAACUAGCUCGACUGCAACUGCCAAGACUGCUGGUAGCGAUACAACCAUGUCAUGUCCUAUUUGUCAACAAAAGUUCCCCAAUGAAAGAUCGAUUUCCGAUCAUAUUGACGAAUGGCAUUCAUCGUCGCCAGUUAUCAAGGGCGAUAUUAUCGACAAGCUUGCAGCUACCAAGAUCCAACAACAACAAGACCAAAAGAACACCAACUCUGUGCCUGCUGCAGCCAGCACCAAGACACGUGCCAAGACAGUGUCGGCACCAACACCAGUGACCAAGGAUAAAAAGUCAGUCUCGUUUGAAUUGAAUGAACUCAAGCAAAAGACACAGGCAUUUGUGACAACUAGCUCCACCUCGAGUCACAGUUCGUCGACAAGCAGUAGUCACCACUCUACUACUACCACCACCCACCUCAAACCACGAUCCGACUCGACUGACCUGUCAGCAUCGUUUGAAAGUGUAUUUAUCCCACCCAAGCGUGUUCUCACCCAAGACGAAGCUGCUGUUAUACUCCAAAAGUAUGUCCGUCGUUGGAAGUGUCGUAAAGAGUACAAGCGUGAGAUUCUCCGUACCAAGGCUGUCAAAGAACUCGUCUACACUGAACACACCUAUGUCGACGGUCUCGAAAAGUUGGUUGAGCAAUUUGCAUUCCCACUCAAGGGUCUUUGCUCUGCCGAGAAGCCACUCAUCUCAGAAGACGAUAUUGAAACCAUUUUUGGAAAACACGAAAUCAUUCUUAGUUUUAAUAGUUUAUUAUGUAGAAGAUUAGUUGAACGUAUUGCCAAAUGGAAUUCAGUUCAAAAAAUUGGAGAUGUAUUAAUUGAUGUUGUAACACAAGAAGAAUUUAAAACCAUUUAUAAUAAUUUUACAUUAUCUUUCCAAGAUAUUUUAUCCACAAUUGAGAAGUUGUCAAACUCAAAGAGUCAAUUUAAACUUUACUUGAAAAAUGCCGAGAAAAGUUUAUGGACCAAUGGCAGUGCAACCGGUACCAAUCUCCAAGCUCUUCUCAUUACACCUGUACAAAGAAUCACUCGUUAUUUAUUACUAUUAAAGGAAAUUAUCCGAUACACCAAACCAUCACACCCAGACUACGAUAGUCUAUGUAUAUCACUCUUUGAAAUCCAAGACAUCUGCACUGAUGUCAACGAAAACCAAAGAAAGGAAGAGAAGGAAAAGAUUCGUAUCCAAACACUGACCAAUAUCUACAAUCGUAUCGAACCAAAACCAAAGGAGUUUAAUUUGGUUUCACACGACCGUUUCCUCAUCCGUGAGGGUAAAAUCUCACAAUACGAUCCAGAGGAAGAGAAACGAAAGGAAAGAAUCUAUUAUCUUUUCAAUGAUUUGAUCCUCAUUGCCAAGGAAAGUAAAAAGAAAUUACAACUCAAAAAUAUCAUAAAUAUUGCUGAUGGACAAAGAACUUAUGGUACAGUGUCCAAGAAUGCUUUUGAAUUAAGAGGUCACGGAGAUCAAGUAUUAAUGUUUUUCACAGAGAAUCAAGAAGAAAAAGACUCAUUAUUGAAGGAUUUAGAAAUUGUAAUUUCUUCAUUUUGUGUCAUUCAUAAAUAA